UUUGAUAUUCUCUGCCCUAUGCCCUAAACCACAGCAAACACAAAAAAAUCGGAAUUUUCAUCCAUCUAACUGUAAACGGAGAAUCUUAUUAUCAUAUUGAAAAAGGGCUUGCGAGCCGAUAGAGUUGGGCAUCAAGAACAAUGUUGCUCCAAUCCGUCACAACCACAACCGCAGCGCCGGUUCACCACCACCGUCUCCGCCGUCUCUCACUCUCAGUGCAUAUCUCUCACUUGCUCUCAUCCCCUCCCGGGUUCUCAGCAUCGAUUCUUCUUUACUGUCCGAAGAGCCCUGCGAUCUCAUGUUCCUCAAAAUCGAAUGUUAGCACUGUGGACUAUGAGAAGAGGCCGAAACUCGAUUGGUACAAAAUCUACAAGCGUAUAUGCACUGCUAUAGGCUCGGAAGCAACCAGCGCUGAUGCAGUGCUAGAACAGUAUGAGAAUGAGGGUGCGGAGAUUUCAAUACCGGAUCUUUUGCUUAUUAUUAAGGAACUCCGCACAUCCAAGCGAUACAAGCUUGCUCUCCAGGUAUAUGAGUGGAUGAAGGAUAGAAGGCACACAUAUCAUGUAACUAAAAAAGGUGCUGCAGAUCAUUUAAAUUUAAUAUACCAAGUGAAUGGAAUCUCAAAUGCUGAAGACUACUUUAUGAAUUUGCCAAAACAUUUGAAGGACAACCGAGUGUAUGGCUCACUCUUGAAUGCCUAUGUCCAAUCAGAAAUGAGGGAAAAAGCGGAAUCUUUAUUUGAGGAGAUGAAAACCCAAGGUUUUGCCAGUAAUUCUCGCCCAUACAAUGUGAUGAUGACCCUUUACAAUAAACUCAAGGUUAAUGACCAGGUGGAGCGUAUAAUAUCAGAAAUGGAUUCGAAAAAUAUUUUAGACGCGGUUUCUUAUAAUAUAUGGUUGACGUUCCUUGGAUACCAAGGAUCUGUGGAGAAAAUGGAAGAAGCAUUUGAGAAAAUGAAAAUGGACCCUCGUGUUAUUAUUCACUGGAGCACAUUCAGCAUAAUGGCUUCAAUGUACAUUCAGAUGGGUGAGAUGGAAAAAGGUGAAGAUUUUGUGAGACAGAUGAAGAGUAGAAUCAAUAUUAAGGAGCGUAUCUCUUAUCAUUACCUCAUUAGUCUGUAUGCUAGAGUUGGUAACAAGGAAGAGGUAUACCACGUCUGGAAUAUCUACAAGGCAAAUUUUCGCCGCAUCUCAAACAUGGGUUACCAUGCACUGAUCUCUUCUCUUUUAAGAUUGGAUGAUAUUGAAGGCGCUGAAAACUCAUUUGAUGAGUGGAUGUCACAAAUGACGCGUUUUGAUGCCAGAAUGCCGAAUCUUCUUCUGAGUUGGUAUUUGAGGAACGGGUUAUUGGAUAAGGUUGAAAGUUUUUUUGCACAAAUUGUCGAUGCGGGAAAACAGCCCAACUCAACGACAUGGGAAAUCAUUGCACAAUUGCAUAUCAGGAGGGGGAGAGUUUCAGAAGCUUUGUCUUGCUUGAGAGAUUCUUUUUCGGUUGAAGGUUCUGAAAACUGGGCACCCAGGCAUCCUACUAUAUCUUCUUUUAUGCAGCUUUGUGAGCAACAUGAUGAUGUGAAAAGCAAAGAGGAAUUGAUUGAGAUGUUGAGUGAAGCGGGGCGUUUUAAUCGCGAGGCCUACAUGUCUUAUAUCUCCGUACAAAGCACUGUGGAUAGUGAGAAGAAGGAUGGCGAUGAAAUAACUGAUGUCCUACUCAAUGAACUACAUGGAAGCUUACAAUAACUUCCACAUGUACUUAUAUUUGACUUGCUAAAUCACUACACCAAGGUGUUUGUAAGGUAAAGGAAAAUGUUGUUCUGUUUGUGAAGUGAUUGGAAUUGUUAGGAUGCUCUUUGAUGAGAAUCUGCUAAGAUUUUGUCAAACGUUUCCGUUUAUCAUGGGCUCAUAGCUAACUGUCACCGGAGUUAAUGCCGGCCGCCUAGACACUACUUUGGCCUAUUUCAGUGAAGGGGUUUAGGUGAGAAGAAGCUUUUGGUGGUAUUAGCCUAUAUAGGUAAAAAUUGAAAAAUGUAAUGUGUUUUUUCGUAUAACACUAACAUAUUACCAUUUCAAUCAUAUUUAUUCUUUAUUAGAA